AUGUCCAUGCUGCCCACCUUCGGCUUCACGCAGGAGCAAGUGGCGUGCGUGUGCGAGGUGCUGCAGCAGGGCGGCAACAUCGAGCGGCUGGGUCGCUUCCUCUGGUCGCUGCCCGCCUGCGAGCACCUCCACAAGAAUGAAAGCGUGCUCAAGGCCAAGGCCGUGGUGGCCUUCCAUCGGGGCAACUUCCGCGAGCUCUACAAGAUCCUGGAGAGCCACCAGUUCUCGCCGCACAACCACGCCAAGCUGCAGCAGCUGUGGCUCAAAGCGCACUACAUCGAGGCGGAGAAACUCCGCGGCCGGCCCCUGGGCGCCGUGGGCAAGUACCGCGUGCGGCGCAAGUUCCCGCUGCCGCGCUCCAUCUGGGACGGCGAGGAGACCAGCUACUGCUUCAAGGAGAAGAGCCGCAGCGUGCUGCGCGAGUGGUACGCGCACAACCCCUACCCGUCGCCGCGGGAGAAGCGCGAGCUGGCGGAGGCCACCGGCCUCACCACCACGCAGGUCAGCAACUGGUUCAAAAACCGGCGGCAGCGCGACCGGGCGGCCGAGGCUAAGGAAAGGGAGAACAGCGAGAACUCCAAUUCCGGCAGCCACAACCCGCUGGCUUCCUCGCUCAACGGCAGCGGCAAGUCGGUGCUAGGCAGCUCCGAGGACGAGAAGACGCCGUCGGGGACGCCAGACCACUCGUCGUCCAGUCCCGCACUGCUGCUCAGCCCGCCGCCGCCCCCCGGGCUGCCCUCCCUGCACAGCUUAGGCCACCCUCCCGGCCCGAGCGCAGUCCCCGUGCCAGUGCCGGGUGGAGGCGGCACGGACCCACUGCAGCACCACCACAGCCUGCAGGACUCCAUACUCAACCCCAUGUCUGCCAACCUUGUGGACCUAGGCUCCUAG